AUGAGAUGGCGACGCGCCCCGCGCCGCCCGCUGGGUACCAGCCCCAGCGUCCCGCAUCCCCGGCCCGCCGGCCGCUCGCCUCCGCUGCUGCCGCUGCUGCCGCCACUGCUACUGCUGCUGGGGACCGCGGCCCUGGCGCCGGGGGCGGCGGCCAAGCGGGCGGCUCCCGCGGGGGCCUCGGUGUGCUACUCGUCUCCGCCCAGCGUGGGCUCGGUGCAGGAGCUGGCCCGGCGCGCCGCGGUGGUGAUCGAGGGAAAGGUGCACCCGCCGCGGCGGCAGCAGGGGGCACUCGACAGGAAGGCAGCGGGCGAGGCAGGGGCAGGGGCGCAGGGACAGCACGCCCAGGACCCACCGCCCUCCCAGGACCUUCCGCCCGCUGCCAACUGGACCCUGCCCACCAGGUCCCCUGCGCCCAGCACCGACCAACUCGGGGACCCUGCGCCCUAUCUGGUGAAGGUGCACCAGGUGUGGGCGGUAAAAGCUGGGGGCUUGAAGAAGGACUCCUUGCUCACCGUGCGCCUGGACACCUGGGGCCACCCAGCCUUCCCGUCCUGCGGGCGGCUCAAGGAGGACAGCAGGUACAUCUUCUUCAUGGAACCCGAUGCCAACAGCAGCGGCCGCACGCCGCCCGCCUUCCGAGCCUCGUUCCCCCCACUGGAGACUGGCCGCAACCUCAAAAAGGAGGUCAGCCGGGUGCUGUGUAAGCGGUGCGCCUUACCUCCCCGAUUGAAAGAGAUGAAAAGCCAGGAGUCGGCUGCAGGUUCCAAGCUAGUGCUUCGGUGUGAAACCAGUUCAGAAUACUCUGCACUCAGAUUCAAAUGGUUUAAGAAUGGGAAUGAGCUGAACCGAAAAAAUAAGCCACAAAACAUCAAGAUUCAGAAAAAGCCAGGGAAGUCAGAACUUCGAAUUAACAAAGCGUCACUGGCUGAUUCCGGAGAGUAUAUGUGCAAAGUGAUCAGCAAGUUAGGGAACGACAGUGCCUCAGCCAACAUCACCAUCGUCGACUCAAAUGAGUUCAUCACUGGCAUGCCAGCCUCAACCGAAAGAGCAUAUGUGUCCUCAGAGUCUCCCAUUAGAAUAUCAGUAUCUACAGAAGGCGCAAAUACUUCUUCAUCUCGGACCCCUGAGGUGAGAACACCCAAGUCAGCCACUCAGCCACAAGCAACAGAAACUAAUCUCCAAACUGCUCCUAAACUUUCCACGUCUACGUCCACAACUGGGACCAGCCAUCUUGUAAAGUGCGCCGAGAAGGAGAAGACUUUCUGCGUGAAUGGUGGCGAGUGUUUCAUGGUGAAAGACCUGACAAACCCUUCGAGAUACUUGUGCAAGUGCCCAAAUGAGUUUACUGGUGAUCGUUGCCAAAACUACGUAAUGGCCAGCUUCUACAAGCAUCUUGGGAUUGAAUUUAUGGAAGCGGAGGAACUCUACCAGAAGAGAGUGUUGACAAUCACCGGCAUCUGUAUCGCCCUGCUGGUGGUCGGCAUCAUGUGUGUGGUGGCCUACUGCAAAACCAAGAAACAGCGGCAAAAGCUUCACGAUCGGCUUAGGCAGAGCCUUCGGUCUGAACGGAACAACAUGGUGAACAUAGCCAAUGGGCCUCACCAUCCGAACCCACCACCAGAGAACGUGCAGCUGGUAAAUCAAUACGUGUCUAAAAACGUCAUCUCCAGUGAGCAUAUUGUUGAGAGAGAAGCCGAGACAUCCUUUUCCACCAGCCAUUACACUUCUACAGCUCAUCACUCCACGGCUGUCACCCAGACUCCUAGUCACAGCUGGAGUAACGGGCACACAGAAAGCAUCAUUUCGGAAAGCCACUCUGUAAUCAUGAUGUCAUCAGUAGAAAACAGUAGGCACAGCAGCCCAGCUGGGGGCCCACGAGGACGUCUUCAUGGUCUGGGAGGCCCUCGCGAAUGUAACAGCUUCCUCAGGCAUGCCAGAGAAACCCCUGACUCGUACCGAGACUCUCCUCAUAGCGAAAGGUAUGUAUCAGCCAUGACCACCCCGGCUCGUAUGUCACCUGUAGAUUUCCACACGCCAAGCUCCCCUAAAUCACCCCCUUCGGAAAUGUCUCCACCCGUGUCCAGCAUGACGGUGUCCAUGCCCUCCAUGGCAGUCAGCCCCUUUGUGGAAGAAGAGAGACCUCUGCUCCUCGUGACAACGCCAAGGCUCCGGGAGAAGAAGUGUGAUCAUCACCCCCAGCAACUCAACUCCUUUCAUCACAACCCUGCCCAUCAGAGUACCAGUCUCCCCCCUAGCCCACUGAGGAUAGUGGAGGAUGAGGAGUACGAGACGACCCAGGAGUAUGAGCCAGUUCAAGAGCCUGUUAAGAAACUCACCAACAGCCGGCGGGCCAAAAGAACCAAGCCCAAUGGCCACAUUGCCAAUCGGUUGGAAAUGGACAACACAACAAGUUCUGUGAGCAGUAACUCAGAAAGUGAAACAGAAGAUGAAAGAAUAGGUGAAGAUACACCAUUCCUGGGCAUACAGAACCCCCUGGCAGCCAGUCUCGAGGCGGCCCCUGCCUUCCGUCUGGCUGAUAGCAGGACUAACCCAGCAGGCCGCUUCUCCACGCAGGAAGAAUUACAGGCCAGGCUGUCUAGUGUAAUCGCUAACCAAGACCCUAUCGCUGUAUAAACCUAAAUAAACACAUAGAUUCACCUGUAAAACUUUAUUUUAUAUAAUAAAGUAUUUCACCUUAAAUUAAACAAUUUAUUUUAUUUUAGCAGUUCUGCAAAUAGAAAACAGGAAAAAAAACUUUUAUAAAUUAAAUAUAUGUAUGUAAAAAUGUGUUAUGUGCCAUAUGUAGCAAUUUUUUACAGUAUUUCAAAAAACGAGAAAGAUAUCAAUGGUGCCUUUAUGUUAUGUUAUGUCAAGAGCAAGUUUUAUACAGUUACGGUGGUUGCUUUUUCACAGUAUUUCGGCCAAACCUCCCACAUAUUCAGUUGCUGCUGGCUUCUUGUGCAUAGCAUUAUGAUGUUGACUGGAUGUAUGAUUUGCAAGGCUAGCAGCUGUCCCUCUGUUUGCUUCCAGUAGCUCCCAACCGGUACUGUCUUGAAAUGGCACAUCCGCCCAAAUACUCUUCUAUUUUGUAUGAAGUCUUUGCUUUCCGAAUAUGAAAUGAGUUCUCUCUACUCUGUCAGCCAAAGGUUUGCUUCACUGGGCUCUGAGAUAAUAGUAGACCCAACAGCAUGCUACUAUUACAUAUAGCAGGAAACUGCAUUAAGUAAUGUUAAAUAUUAGGAAGAAAGUAAUACUGUGAUUUUUAAAAACAAACUAUAUUAUUAAUCAGAAGACAGCUUGCUCUUGCUCAAAGGAUCUACCAUUGACUUUAAUUUUAACGCUUUGGUUGUUGUUGUUCUUGACAAAGAAGAACAGCUUCAAGUCCAGCUUAGAAAGCAGGUUCUGGCUUGCUAUCAGGAUAAUCUAGCAACUGGAAAGGACUCAGUUUCACUUUCUCUCUGGGUGGAGGGGGAAUGAUCUAGCAGCUCAUCUGUCAACCAACCAACCAUGACUGCUAAAGGUGCAAUCCUUUCUGACAUAUUUUUUUAACUGACUGGUUGAACCCUCUUCUUGGCUCCAGAAGGGGUGCAUCAUAUCAUGAAGCCUCAGCCCCAAGAGUACACUCAGCCAUCUUGUCCAAACCACUUGUAGAGUGCAAUGUGCCGGUGGUAUAUCACGGUGACUUGGCCAUUGCAGGGAAAUGCCCCACUUGUAGAGUGUUUAGAAGGAGUGAAUGUGUAGAAGUCACAAGGGGAAAGCCGCUAUGUGACCCAGUUGACAUCUUAAAGUUUGGUUGGCCACUCCUUUCUCCCCAUUAUGUGCCUCUUAUGUUCAACAUGGUCUUGAUUAAGUCAUAACUAUGCAUGAAUAUGUUUUGCCAGGAAUGGCCAAUGUGCAUGUGAUUUAUGAUUAGCAAGAACUUUCCACAGUGAUGCCUCACUAGGGAAUGUCAAUAGUGUUGAAAAGAUUGCACCUUUUCUUGGAGAAGCGACCCCCACCUGUGGAUUGAUGAUCUCUCUCCAUAGAUAGUUUGUAUCUUCCAUUUGUCCUCUAGAAGUUUUUUUUUUUUCUCAUACUGUCUCAAAAGCAGGGCUAGGAUUGUUUUAAACUCUGUAUGUUCUCUUAGGAUUGUAAAGCCCAUGAAUGCUUAGAGAUAUUAGCAUAUGAACAAAUGUUAAUACAGGGGGAAAAGGUGGGGAGGUGGAGAGUAAUCAUUCAGAACCUUUUAUAUUACUUCCCUGUCAGUCUGGACUGGUGCUCAUUGAGUUUCUAAGUAGGUUCCUAAGAGUCACAUAUGGGAAAAUGGGAAAUAGUUGAACAGGGGAUUGACAAAGUCAAAGACAAUUAUUGAUCCUUGUUCCCAGUUGAACCAAAUCUAUUUUCUUUACCAGAUCUUUGUUACAAGUCAAGGGAACUAAUCAUACACAAGUAGGGCUCAGAAGAACAUUGCAGGUUGACCACAAGUCCAUGUGUUACACUCCUCGUGUUUUGAAGAGAAACUUGUCUGUUACUCUUAGAAUUUGAUGCCUCAUAUUUCUUGCCACUGUUCAUGCAACAGCUUCUCUGUGCUCAGAGUGUUGUCCUUUUUCCUUUCUUAGCCCAUAAGGAGGAAUGCCUGCUGGGGAAGCCUGCGUUGGUUCCCCAGUGCUGCAUGUGGUCAACUCUCCACAGGGAGGAUAAGUCAGUAGGCUUGAAGAUAGUCUCUCUACUUAAUGUUGACCUUGAAGGCCUUCACUCAGUUAUCAUUUGAUAAAGAAAUUUCUUUAUUGUUCUUUUAAAGGUCUUAGAAAUUCAGUUCCCAAUUGGUUGGUCACUAGGGUAUUGAGAAAGGCCCUUCUAAAAAGAUAGACUCUCCCGAUGAAAACAAGGAGCAGCAUUUUACUAGCACAAGAAGCUCUACAAAUUUGCAAAUUGCAAAUAUACAUGAUCUUUUUUUUUCCUUCUGUGCUUUACCUGGCAAACACAUUUGUCUUAUUAGUUGGAAAGCCUUUUCCCCACGAGAGCAAAGCUUCCUUGGUGAGAGCAGCCACUUGGCCUCUCAGGACUACCUGUGGCAGCCCCUAGCUUUUAUGUUUCUGGGGAUGUCUCUACAAUGCUUCACUGCCAGGUCUCUCUCAACCAUCCUGUUUAUGAACCCAGGCAGAGCCGUAGCAAUGCAAAGAAUGCACACCUGUGUUCCUAGUAUGCGUGAAGAUACCUUGCAUUUUAAGGGAGUACAAGCUACUCAGAAUUGAACAGAAAGUUUAUUUCUUGGGCCUGAACUCAAAACCACUGAGAGAUAUAUAGCAAGGUAUAGUAGACACCAAAUUCCUUUUGUACUUACUCAAGAUUUGUUUUCUGUCCUGCUUUUUGCUCCGUUUCUCCCCCUGCCCUCAAGAAUGCCUAGUGGACAGCCUUCUGCAGCUUUCUACAAAGUAGGCCUCUGUUUAAAAGAGAAUGUAUCCAGAGCAGCAAUAUGCCAUCUCUUUCUUGUUUCUGUGUGACUGUCCAUAUAGAUGGAGUCUAUCCAGGGUAACUUUCUCUGUAUCGAUUCCUCUUCUGGCCGGAGAUUGAAGGUAGAUGGCUCCUAUCAGUGAAUAAGGAAGAUCUGACCUUCCCUUUCAGUCCUGGCUGCCUUCCAGCAGCUACAGGAAUUUCUGUCCACUAAGAUCCGUGACACACUAUGGAGAAAUGCAGACAACAUGAAAUGGCCACAAAUCACAAUUUCUAGUAUAUAUUCUUUUGUAAAUACAUAUUGUAUAGUACUUGGAUGUUUUCUUAAGUCAUAUACUGUCUCUAUGAGUUAAUGUUAGGUUUUACUCUCAUACUGUAUAACAUUGUAAAUAACAUAAUGUCCUUUAUUAUUUAUAUUUAAGCAUCUAACAUAGAGAAUUGUUUUCAUAUAAGUUUAAGAUAAAUGUUUAAAAUAUAUGUUUUUUUUUCUUUGCUUUAAAAUUAUGUACUUUUUCUUUUUCAUUUUUAAAGAAUAAUUUAUUGUUCAGGAGAAAGAAUAUAUAUGUAACUGAAACUAUUUGAAGAACGCACAUUUGAAGGCCAUGAGGUACUGAUAAACUAAAGAAUUUAUUAUCUCAAAUACUAAGCAAUAAGUAAUUGUGAUUUAUUUAAAGUUUUGUUCGUUUCCCAAGAAAGUCAUACUGCAAUAAAAAUGCUGCUCUAUGGAGACGUGAGCAUGUUGCUCAGCAGACAAACAUCGCAGUCUGUUAGAGCAGACUUAGCAUCUAGCCAUGACAGCUGUGCUACCUAGGACUGUGUUUCGUGGACCCCAUGACCAUCCUGUCUCUGUUGAUUUUGCUGUAUUGCCCGUCCUUGAGUCACCUCCCUCCCGACUCUGUUUCACACUUCAUUUUUUUGCUGUAGGAGACACAUAGUCAAGCAAUAGGAUGCUCCAUUCCAUAGCCACCAAACCUCCAUUCACAAGGACAUCAGAGGGAAACAUUGCAUACCUUUCUGGAUCCUGCUUGUCAAUACGUGCUGCAGUGACAUCAAGAAACUCAUUAACGGCAAUGACUUUAUGUGACAAUCCUAUGCAAACAUAAGAGAGAGCAAAACCUAUUAUGAUUCAAUGGCCACAUUAGCCUCAAAAACAUCUAUGCUAAUCUUCCCUAUAAUGUCUUUAAAUUUACUUCCCAUCGUGUGCACCAUUUUAUAAGAAGGCUAAGGAGCAAUGACUUUACUCUCCUUGUUCUAUCAAUAAAACAAACUGAUGUCCAAAGUACUGCUCAGGGAGGGGCCUAUGCACGAAAUAUUUCUCACAUUCUAGGACUCAUCGUAGAACGGAUAUAGUGCUUUUUUAUUAAGAUUAACCUUAUGAAGCCAUAUUUUAACAAAUAGCUAUUUUGUGUGUAAUUUUUAUAUAUUUCAACCAUUCUACUCAUUAUCUCAGUUAGAUCGAGAACAUUUAAAGGGUGUAUAAUAAAUCUGCCUGCUUUGGAGUUUGAGCAUAACCUGAGAUUUCCCAUCCAAGUUUACCUCCAUGCAUAGACACAUUUCCUGUUCACUCAUAAGAGCACCACUAACACCAUUCCCAAGUGUCUGGUUGUCCAGGAGACCAAAUGUUCUGAAGCCACAAAGUGAAUCUGCUUAUCUGCUAGUCAUUCAGCUUUCAAGCCAGGCAUCAAAACAAAAGACGAAAGAAUAUUUUAAAGUUAGAGUCUGGGACCCUUUCCUCAGCUUAUGCUGUAAAUUUUCCAACCUCGUGAUCAAACUAAAAGCUGUCCAUGACAAUAUCAGUAGCUUACGAUAGACGUGUUUACCUAAGUGGUCAUGCCAUUUCAGGUAGAAGAGGCUGCGAAGGAAGGUUGUGUAGAAACAUGAAAACUCAAUUCCAUUCAAAUUAGAGUCUAGAUAGUUACUAUUAUUCACCAGUUGUGUUUGACUCUUGAGUGACAAAUCUAGGCCAGUUCUGCAAACUAGGAAGACAUCUGUUUUUCCAAGAAAUCUGCAGAAAUUUCUCUUCUCUAAUGAAUCAUCAAAGGGCUUAAGGUCAAGGAUUUGGGGAUCAGUCAAGCUGGGCUGAAAUCUAAACAGUGGAGAUACUGGAAAGAGUGGGAGUCUCUGUUAUCUUAGCAUCAUGUUGUGUUCUCUCUCUCUGAAUUCUCCUCUCAAAACUGAUAAUCAAUUAAAGAACAAUUUAUGGAAACUAUUACUCCAAAAGAUUAAUCUGUUAUCAGCUGAGAGCUUCAUAUUUAUGAAGGGAAAACCUUUAUGUUGGUUUAGGAAGCUGUAUCUUGUAACCUAGAAAAUAGUUGUUAGAUAGGGUGGUGCAUGCUCUUUAUAUAUCUAUAGGCCUUUCUGACACCCUCAUUCUGCAACUCUUGUACCUCUCUAUUGGUUAGUAUUGUUUUUUAACUGGUUGAACUUAAAAGCCUCACCACAAAAAAAAGUUUCAUUGCUGUAAAAUAUGAUCGAUGGCUUUUUACAGUAAAAAUCAGAGACAGAGAAUGUAAAGAUGGUUCAACCCAAAAAUCUUCUAAAUGUCCUCUUUCAAAUGAACUUACUUGAACAAAAAUUUAAGGAGGAAAAGAUAUCGCUUCUCACCAGCCUAUGUUCCAGCAAAGCUGACGAACUGAAUAUCAUUAAUGUCUUAUGUAUAAAUUUACUCAUAAAGAAUCAAAUUAUUAAAUGUUAAUAUUUUACACUGUUUAUGACUUAAAAUAUCCUGUAUCUUUUUUAUUUGCUUCAUUAUAGAAAAAAUGGUGAAAAUUUAUGCCCAGAAAGUUAAAACUCACUCUCAGAGCAGUCUGUCUUCUGAGUCGCAGAGAUGUUGUAGAUACCUUAUUUCUCUCAGUUCCUUCAAAAUGAGAGUUUUUAUUUCCAAAUCUCUUGACAUAAUAUGAGUUAUAUGUCAAUCAGCUUUCAUUUCUGAGAAACAAAUCUUCCUACUUUUGGUUUGCAGAUACCCUGGAACCCAAUGUGCUUAAUGUAGCAACUCUAUACAUCUUCCCUAACCUCAGCUUUCUAAGAAAAUGCCAAGUAUAGCCGUGGGAGUGAAUUCACAAUGUUGAUAGCUAGGAGGCAAAUUCUAGUCCAAAGGAGGACUUUUUGAUCAGAGCAAUGCCCUAAUGCUGAAACUUUGUGGACUUGAGCAGCUUCUUCCUCCCAUGUUCCUUAGCUGUAAAGACUGUGGUUCUAUGAGGUUGAAACAGGAGUCAAUGUAAGAAACUAGAAAAUGUCUAGUAUAUAGUGAUUAUUCAAAUUUGUCGCUCCUACAGAUUCUUAAGUUUGGAGAUCUCAGUUUCUCAGUUCAAAUAAAGUAUACUGCAUUGCACAAGCUGAUCAGAAAAACCAUUUCACCAACCCCAUGCCAGCAAGAAAAUGCUUUUUCAGCAACAAAUAUUUGUUGAGAAGCAUUAUCACCAAAUAACAUUUAAAGUGGCAGUUGUAGAAACUAAGAUCUUUGAGUAUUGUGAGUAGUUGACCCUUGUGGGCCCAUGCCAUUCCGUGUCUAUCCAUUAAUCUCUUAAUGGCUGGUGGCAGUAUAAGUUCACAGGAAAUUAAUGAAACACAACUCAUUGUAUUGUUUUCAUAAUGCCACCUUCAAACGCCAUUGUAAAUUUCUAAUGGGACAAUCAAAAACCUCACUUAACCCUGCAGACCAUCUAAACUCUAGAUGCCUUAAUUUUAUGCAUAAUGUUCACAUGUAAAUCUAUUUCUUUGAAAAAGUAUUAUCCCAGCCAAGGCCUCCAGGGUGAUAAAACUAGGGAAGUCUCAGAUUAAUAAAAAAAAAAAUCACAUGUCUUUAUGGAUGCUCAUAUCCACCCCAUUAUCUAUCCAAUAAUUCUUCAAGUUUUGUCUUACUCUUUACUCCAUGCAUAAAAUGAGAAUCUUUUCUCAUCUAUAUGAUGCAAUUGAUAAUUCAUAGACUUAAGCUAUUAGAAUUUAGUCUUUUAGUCUUUUAAAACUUGAUCCUGCAAGAGGAAGUGACUUGGGCUCAUGAUAUUAACCAUCACGCUUGCAAAUAGGCAUUGUUAAUAGCAAUGGAGUCCGAUAUAAUUGUUCAUGAAUAAUCUUCCCUUUAAAUGAAUCACGUUUUAUUGAGAACAACUGUAAGUUCUAGUCUAUCACAAAAACAAUGCAAAGGAAUGAAUAUUUCCUCAUUUUUAAAAAUACAGUCUUUUAGGUAGACACUUUCGCCUCUGAUCAUUAACAUCAUGAAUUGAGUAGGCAUUGGUCAUCACUGACUUUCAUUCUAAAGUGAGGCUCUUGGUAGGUUACUAGAUCCCUGCCAAGCUCCUGGAAAUCCUCCCUACUGUGGUAAUCCAGAUUCCUGUGAUCCCUUAGAGUGGAGUCUUAAGUGAGCUUUGUAUCCCUUUCUAGGAAGAGAAUUCUUUUGGGAUAUUCAUCUGUAGCUAAUAAGGUACCCAAACCCAUAGGUCCUAAGCAAUUUCUCCCAGGGAGAAUGAGGAAGAGAGUCCUGCAACAUUGUGUCUCCAUUAACCACUCCCUUCUGGCUAGAAGGCCUGUUGCAUUCACACAGGAAUCCCUACACAGCCUCCAGCCUCCCCUCUUUAUUCUGCCCAGCGUCUCCCUUCACCGAUUGCAAAACACAAACUAAUUAUGUUGCACAAUCAAUGCUGAUCGUACACACAUAUCAAAACUCCCACAGUCUCUCAUAAUGACAUGUGAAUAUUGUGCAUCCAUUAAAAACUCUAAAGUCAUAAAACUAUACAACCUUCAUACCUUGAUCAAAAACCUAGAAAUGAUUGAAUUUAAAGAGAAUUUAAAGUAAUGUUCUUGAACUAAGAUGACUUCUUUGGUAGGCCCUUGGGAAAGUGUUAGGGCUGGUGGUGGCACAGCGUUUCUGUUACUCGACCACAGACUUCUCACAACAUGAAAAGACACUAGCUCCAACACUCAUUUGGGAGCUCAUUCUUCGAGGGCUUGGAUGUAUGGGCAUGAAUUAGGAGUAAGGCAAUCGCUUUCUUCCUGUGAAUGUGUUAAAACGGAGAUGCAGGGUUUCGCUCAGGUUAAAACCACAUCAAUUAUCAAAGAAGCAACUACUGUUGGGAAAUAGCCUCCCAUCUUGUAGAAGCAUCUGACAUCCGCAGACCAAGCCACACUAGAACACUAUUCUACAUGUCUCCUUCCACAUCAACUGAGUGACUGUCAGAUCGUUCCAUUUCCUCCUCCAUAACCUUGCUUUGUCCUUCAUUUCUUGCUCUCAUCCUCUGCCACAGGGCCACCAGCAUCUCGACUGACCUGCUUCAUCUGCUCUUGUGGGCCAUCCUUCACAUUCUAGUGAUGACUCCUAACUCGAACUUCUUAGCAGGCUAGACUGCUGGCUAAACCAUGGUUCCCCAUGGGCUAAAUGCCUCAGCCUGACCUAAGAGGCCCCUCACAGUCUGAUUCUAUGAGAUGGCUCUAGCUUGUCUCCCACCAUCAUUGUUCAUUCCAACCUUGUGAGUUUCUGUUCCAGAAGUAUACCACAUCGAUGUUAUCAAACCCCAGUCAUUGGCAUACCAACUUCAUAUU